AUGUUUUCAUCUGACAACAAAAUCCCACUCAACCGUAGCAGUAUGAACAACUUCAAUACCAGCAGCCAAAUUAACAUCGGCAAGAAUAAAACCGACAAUGGUAACAUUGAAACUAACAAAAAACAGGGUAACAACAAAGACAACAAAAUGAAAACGAGAAAAACUCAAGUAAUAGUUCGCCGCAUCCGAAACAUCAUAAAUCAGACAAGUCUUUACCUUACUAACAAUUCAAUCGUUCAAACAGCGCUAAACAAAUUAGCUAAUCAGACAAGUCUUCUCCUUGCCAAUGAUUCAAGCGUUCAACAAGCGGUAAACAAGGUAGCUAAUAUUCUUACGUUCAAAAACCUCAUGGAGACCAUAAAAACAAAGGAAAUAGUCAAACAGAAAGAAGCAGAAGUAGUACAACAAGUGAAACAAAUGGCAGAUGAUAUGGCGUUUAGUUACGUAAGGAUUGUUAAAAAUUAUUUAGUAUCAAUCUGCUGCUCCGUCGGUAUUGUAGGUGUAACUUUGUGUCUCUUGUGCUCUUUAUUUGCCCUAAGCAAGACCUGCAGAUUCAUCUUGGCACUUGUGGGCUUGGGGUUGGCUAUUUAUUUGAUCGUCUACUGGGUGUAUUAG